AUGGCAGAGGUGACCAGCAAAGGCCUUGAGGGCGAAAAGGCCGCCACCCCUCCGCCCCGUACUGGCCCCCAGCAACCAGAAUUUUGCGCAGAAGACUGGUUUCUGCCCUCAGUCUUGCCUUUCAAAGUAAAAGAUCACGCCAAAGACAAGAAAAAAUACUGGAAGAGGCUGAAACAGAUCGUCGCUGGGGAGAAUUAUGACGAGCUACCCCCAGGCGAGCCAACCUAUGCGAACAUAGAGGCUGGGCCUUCGAUCUACCCUGCGAAGAAAUACUGCGACCUCACUGGCUUCGAGGCGCCCUAUACGGAUCCCAAGACCAAGAUGCGGUACGCAACAGCAGAUCUUUAUCCACUUGUCAGGUCGCUGCCAAACGACGAGGUGCAGACCCGCCUGGCUGUGAGGAAUGCGCACACGGUGCUGAGAUGA